CCCGCCCCCCGGCCGUCCCCUCCCGCGCCCGCGCCCGCUCCCCCAGCAGGUUCCGCGGCCGCUCCGCUCGCCUCCAGCCCGUCCCGUUCCGGCCCGUCCCGGCCCGGCCGCUCCUGCUCUGCCCUGGCCGGCCCACGUCCAGUCGCCGCCGCAGUCGCCGCCGCCGCCGCCGCCGCCGGGGCCGCCGCCAACCCCACCGGCUCCGGCUCGGGGUCCGAGGCCGCGUCUCAGGCCGAGCGGGCGGCGGGAGCGGGGCCGCGGCCCCCGGCCCUCGGCGCCCGGCCCUGCGGGGCCGCCCCUGCCGUCAGCCGCGCCCGCCGGGGCCCGGAGGGAUGUGGAAGCCACAGGAUGCCCGGCCUCGGCACCGGAAAGAGGUUUAAGCCCACCAAGUACAUCCCGGUCUCCACGGCCGCCGCCCUCCUGGUGGGCGCCUCCACGCUCUUCUUCGUCUUCACGUGCCCGUGGUUGACCAGAGCCAUCUCUCCGGCCGUCCCUAUCUACAAUGGGAUCGUCUUCCUCUUUGUGCUGGCCAACUUCAGCAUGGCUACCUUCAUGGACCCCGGUGUCUUCCCUCGAGCGGAUGAGGACGAGGACAAGGAGGACGACUUUCGGGCUCCGCUCUACAAGAACGUGGAGAUCAAGGGGAUUCAAGUACGGAUGAAAUGGUGCGGCACGUGCCACUUCUACCGGCCCCCGCGCUGCUCUCACUGCAGCGUCUGCGACAAUUGCGUGGAGGACUUUGACCAUCACUGCCCCUGGGUCAACAACUGCAUCGGGAGACGCAACUACAGAUACUUUUUCCUCUUUUUGCUGUCCCUCAGUGCACACAUGGUUGGCGUGUUUGCUUUUGGGAUGGUCUUUGUCCUCCACCACCCUGACCAACUAGGGGCAGCCCACACAGCCAUCACGAUGGCCGUCAUGUGCGUGGCGGGCCUCUUCUUCAUCCCCGUCAUUGGCCUCACUGGCUUUCACAUCGUCCUGGUGGCCCGGGGCCGAACCACCAACGAGCAGGUGACAGGCAAGUUCCGUGGAGGCGUUAACCCCUUCACUCGCGGAUGCUAUGGGAAUGUGGAGCACGUGCUGUGCAGCCCGCUGGCACCCAGGUACGUGGCAGAGCCCAGGCUGAAGCUGGCCGUGAGCGUGAAGCCCCCCUUCCUGCGGCCCGAUCUCUCCGACAGGCAGGUCUCAGUGAAGGUCAGUGACAAUGGAAUCCAGGCCAGCUUGAGCCGCAGCAAGUCCAAGAUCAGUCUGGGCGGGCUGGACGAAAAGUCCCUGGAUCUGCAGCCUCCCCUGCCCCCCAAGGGAGAGCCCGGCAAGUACACUGAGCUUCAGGGGAGCAGUGACGAGGGGGGCCUGUCUCCCAAGCUGACCAGCCCCCCAACCCCUGCCAUGUACAAGUAUCGGCCCGGCUUCACCAAUAGCUCCAAGAUUCAUUACCACGCCACGGCUGACCAGAUCACCCUUCAGGAUGGCAGCCUGGGGGAGGACGAUGGUGGGACCCUGGACUACCAGUCGGAGCCCAACCUGGACCUUCCCGACCACCACCGGAGUGCCCUUCACAAGACUUACCGGUCGUCCCCGCUCCACAUGGAUUCCUACGCUGCCAACUCGCGGUCCCUGAGCCUGAAGUCAGCCGGCAGGCAGGGAACGGACCAGGUCGCCCUCCACCCCCUGAAACCUGAAGGAGCCCCCCCGACCCCCUACAAGACCAUCUUUUCUCCCAACUCCCUGUCUAACCGUAACAGCAGCCUCUCGUACGACAGCCUGUUGAACCCCAUGUCGCCAGCAGGCCGCAAGUGCCCGGCCCACUCGGUGGUCGGCUCGGCGGGCUACCACUCGCCCUAUCUGUCGGCCAAGAUGUGCCACCUGCGUGGGGGCGAGCUGCAGCGGCCGGGACCCCGCAGCUUCAGCCCGGUUCUGGGUGGGGGCGCCCCCAGCUCGCACCCCCGGGACCCUUCUCCGGUGCGCUACGACAACCUCUCCAAGACCAUCAUGGCCUCCAUCCAGGAGCGCAAAGAGAUGGAGGAGAGGGAGAAGCUGCUGCACUCACACCCGGACUCGGUGUUCGGCGACUCCGGCGUCUACGACACCCCCAGCUCCUACAGCCUCCAGCAGGUCAGCACGCUGUCCUCGGACGACCCUCGCAGCCUGGCGCUUCCCUGUGGCUCCCGCGAGAACCUGACCUUGGCCAGCGGGGGCUUUGGCGCCCGGAGCCCCUUACUGCAGUCUUCUCUGUCCUCCCUCUCGGGGGUCAUGGCGCGUGCCCCGAGGACUUCCACCACCUCCCUCCAGGCCGACUUGGCCAACAAUAACGUUCAGAGCCACCAGACGCUGCAGGGCCGGGGCCCCGGUGGUCCCUUCAUGUCCCCGGGCCACCAGGUCCCGCCUUCCCCCUCUGGGAUGCCCAGGUCGCCUUCCUAUGGAGGCCCCAAGGCCGUCUCCUUUAUUAAUACUGUGGAAAUCACAGAGCCGCCUCCUCUAGUUCAAAGGGAGCACGUGCUGCUGAAGACCCCUCAGAGUAUUCUAAAUGGACAGUCUAAAGGCCUUCCCAGACUGGGGCCCGUGGCCAGCACCCAAGGGGGCCCGGGGAGCCCUUCCAGGCACACCAAUGUUAAGAAGGUGUCCGGAGUCGGGGGGACCACGUAUGAAAUUUCAGUGUGAAGAGGGAGCCUCCUCCUGUCCUGCCUUGCGACUUUGGUGCCCCGAAGACGGAACCCAAAGCAGAUGCUGCCUGGGGGGGGAGGCUGAUUCCCCCAUAUUUCUCUCUCUUCUUCCCAAGAGCCCGCCUUCUUCAGCCCAUCCCCCUCCCGGCGCCCCCAAGGAAGGGGAUGGACAGUCUGGCGUGUCAGAAGAGCCGGGUCCGUCCCGGGAGAUGCUCGGACUCGGGCGCCAUUUUUUGAAACUGGGUCGGCUCGCUCUCGUUUCCCAGGGUGCACGACAGGCCCGGACAUCCGGCGUCCAUCCCAACCAGGGCCCUCGUGUGCCAUGGCGGCCGGCGGGCCCUACCUUUAUCGUGCUGCUGUGAUGACGGGUCCAAACAGAACCUUCCUCAUCUCCAACCCGUCCGUGUGGGUCCCUGUCCCACAGCGCUCUUCCUAGCAGCCCCCUAGGGUGGCUGUGGCCGUGGAGAGUGUAGGACAGACCGCAGGAAGCCCGGUCAGCUGGAGCGGCUUUCCCUCAAGCCCCCGGCUCUCUCCUUGUUCCCCGGUCCGGCUGCCAUUGAAGCCGGCGCUGCAGCGAGAAGCGGGAGCCUCAACAUCCCAUUCCGAGGGACCCCGACUGUGGGACCGGUGGCUCGGGCUGUCCCCGACCGCCCCCGAAGAGCUGACCGUGCUCUCUGGCUGAGGCUCCCCUCUUCCUUCCUCUGGUCACACAGACUUUUUUCCCCACUUUGGACUGAGCUCAUCAACUCUGAAUUUUUCCAGGCAGAGCACACAUACCUCAUUAGGCUUGACCACAAAGAUGGGGGUGGGUGACUCCAUUAAGGAUCCAAAGGAAAUCUCUUUUGUUCCCACCGAUGUUCUUAGAGGGAGAGAGGAGUGAACCCCAAAGGCCCCGGGGCCCAGCUGACCGACAUGUGGGGAAGAAGGCGCGUCCCUCACGGAAACUAUGCAGAAACUGCUUGCCAGGCAUUGCCCGAGCCCCAGCCGAGGGUGCCCCCAGUCCUGCUGGCUCUCCCCAGCUGGCUCUCCGUACCAGGUCAUCAUGGGCUGGAGCUGAUUCUGAGGGGACGGAGACCCAGCCGCCUCCUGCCGAAGACCUGUCCCGUAUCUUCCCGAGAACCGCGUCCCUUUGACAAUGGGGAUGAAGAGUUGAGGAUGCAAAGGGUACCAUCGGCUGUCUGCUGCUUCAUCUCGGGGCCGGGAGAUCCCAGAAUUCUUUGUGGUCCGACUGGCGCACGGAAGCCCCCGUCUCGCUAUUAACAAGUUGCCUUUUCCCUAGCCUUGUUCAUGAUGAUAUUUAGCUUCACGAGCUUUCCCUCCUUCCUUCCCCCUUCCUCUCUUUCUCCCUCCAGGACUUCCAAAUCCUUGGUUUCUCUCAGCUUUUAGGAAGGAGAGAAUAACAUUCCCCUCCGUAUUUGUGGAAUCCUUCUGUGCCCUGUGUGACAAAAAGGGUGUGUGUGGAGUUUUCCAGGAUGAGUAGCAAUAGUCUGGGUCUUUAGUCCCCCCUGUGUGUGGGUUCCCCAUCUGUUCCCCCACCAAGCAAAUGAUUCUGUCGUCUUUGUUCUCUGGUCUUCUGGAACCCGUCAUUUGUCCAUAUCUCGUAUUAAUUGUAUAACGUGGUGGGGGGGAAAUUGUGCUUAUGGCCGUGGGGACAUGUACUUGAAGCCUUAAUUCUCUGUAUUUCUAUUGCUGGGGUGGGGGUGGGGAGGGUUGAUGUAAAUGGAAACCAUUAGCUAAUGAACCGUGGGAAUCCUAGAGCCGUGAGGAUAAAGUAGGGUGGGCUCAUCCCCCGAUCUCCACCCGACCUCUCGAGGCCCCCAUUAGAAACGAUAACUCCAGAGCUCGGUUUCUGCCGUUAAAAAAUCGGCCAGAUCAGGAGUUGGGGCCAAAGAGGUGCUCAGAUUUACCCCGAUGAGAAGUGCGUUUUUAUCACUUGCUUCUGUGGGGGUUACCCGCUUUAUUUUUAUUUGAUUUGGGGAUUUUCUAUAAUUUUAUUUAAAAAAAGAGAGAGAAACCGCAUUUAAUCCAUGCCCUGUCCGAGUGAACCUUUGGGAUGCCUCCCUUGAGGCUGGAGGACCAGUGUCCUCUUUUCCCUCGCCAAAGGACCUGCAGUUGCAGUAUUUAGAACCCUUGGCCAUGGACUAUUGGCAGGCACCCGGAUGCUCCGGCGAAUCCCUGGGCUCGGCACAUGAAAAUACCCUCAGUUUCCCAUCCUUAUUAAUGAGUUGCCUUUCCCCCAGUCUUGUUCUUUAUUAUGUUUAGCUUCCAUCCCUCCUUCCAUUCCUCUCCCCAUCUCUCCGGGACCGAUGUGUGAAACACCACUUGUGUUUCUAUGAUAGGGGCUGAUAAUAGGGAAAACCAUCCCUAUCCAAGAUGGCGACCAGGCCCAUGGACUAUCCCUUCUCCCACCCAUGGAACAGAUGGAUUUGUGAGUCCCUCUGAUUGGUCCCAUCCAGUGUGUUAGGGAUGUCAAGGAUUCAACUCAGAGGGCCAGACCUUAGAGAUCAGCUAACCUAAUUCUGUGGGCACUUGGCUAUAUUUGGUCUAUUUCUCCUCCCUGGGCCUCAGUUUCCUUCUUUUUCAAAUGAAAGUCUGAAUUAGGUUAUCUCAAAAGUCUCUUCAAAUGCUCGAUCCUAAAGUCUUUUAAAUCCUUCUUACAAAUGGAGAAACUGAGGUUAGAGAGGGUGGACUUCCCACAGCUAGUGUCUCUCUAAGAGUCCGGAGGGCCAUUGCUGACGUGGAUACCAGGGAAGUCUCUCGGGGGCUCCAGGCAGCCCAGAGUGUGCUCUGCCUCCUGUGGUUGCUGGGAGGGCGUCUGCCUGGGGAUCCCUGUGGCCUCCUUGGCUCAGCAUCACUGAGCCUUUGCCUCUGUGUACAGUCAGAAUGGACCUGGAGUCUAGAGAGGAGGAAGACGAACCCCUAGGAUUCCUGGGGCUGGGCACUCAGCUGUGGAUGGAGCCUGAGGGAGGGAGGAAAGCCCACAGCCAGCGCUGAAUCUCCCCGACCUGGACAUUUGCCAGCUGGAGCCUUGGCUCCCCUACCUUGGUGGGAUCCCAGGAAUGGUCCAGAUCUAGCCUUCCAGAGCCUAGAACUCAGAGGGACCAGGAGGUGGUGGGAUCGGCCCUGGCUUUGGAAGCAGGAGGCAAAUGAGGGGACUCUGGCCAAAACCCUCCCUUGGGGAGCCUCAGUUUCCCUAAAUCAGCGCAUAGGAUUAGAUCUCAUGUUGCUCUCUGGUAAUUUUCAAAUUCGACAACUCUCGAACUGCCCAGCUGACCUGUUUGUCUUAUUCUAGCCCAUAACUUUUUAGGAAAGAAAUGUUCUCAUUUCCUACCCAGGCAGAGGCACUUGGCAAAGGAUCAGAACCUGUGCCACGCUCUGUCAAGAUGACCCUACUUUUUGUGGUCUUCUUAGGAAAAGAAGACAAAGUGGGACUUCUGAAUGCUGAUCCCUGAGGGAAGCCUGCCCGGAGGCAGUGGGGGAGGCAGGAGGAAACAGUUACAAAAUAUGUUCAGAUCCUAGAUCACAGAUUUACUCAGAGGGAAACUGAGGCCCAGAGAAGUGAUCCACCCAAAGUCACAGAGCUCAAAAACAGCAGAAUUAGAAUUUUGAGCCAGAUCCUUAGGCUCCCAAGGUAGAAGUGCUCUUUCCAUUGCAUUGGCUUUAUGGGAAAACUGUGGGAAGGGAGGUCUUGAUGGAGGCCCCAGUAACAAGGCUCUCUGAGGAAUCUUGUAGCAUGAGGGAAGGUCAGGACUAAAGGAGGUCUGAAGGGCUCUGUGUGUGUGUGUGUGUGUGUGUGUGUGUGUGUGUGUGAGAGAGAGAGAGAGAGAGAGAGAGAGAAACAGAGAGGAGAGUGUCAGAGAGAGCAGAGUCAGAGAGAGGAGAGAGACAGAGACAGAGAGAGAUAAUAUCCCCAGUGGUCGGCAAUUGUCCUCCUAACACCAGAGCUCAAUGACCUCCAAAGACCAUGGACAGCCAGUAGGAAUUUGGUGGAUUUGUAGUCCCCACUCAGCGGCGUUUGGACCUUGUGAAGACCCCAGGGUAGAGGGGUGAGUGAUCCCAUGGAAAGGAUUAGCUAGAGGCUCUGGGAGAAGAAAGGUGGAUGUGGGGAUCCUUCUAGUAACCAAGGAAACAGACUCCUCCCCCCUCCCUCCAUCCCAACUAAAAUUUCUCCCCAAGGCUUACAGUUCUCCCCGGGACAGGGUCCGCUUGGCAGGUGGGGAUGGGUACCUCGGGGAGCUGUGUGGAGGUGGUCAUAAGACUCACAGAGGAGAGCCCAGGUUUAGGGCUAGAAGGGCUCUGAGCCAUCAUCUGCUGUGAUAGAGGAGGGGGCACCGAGGGCUUGAAAGGUGAAGGGACGCCCCAGCAUCAAAGGUGGAGGGACUUGUCUUUUUCAAGAAUGAGACCUCAAAGCCCCGAGGUUGCAGUUGCUACACGGCCCAAACCAGGCCCUUAUUGGGGAAUGAGACAAGAGGUGUCCCUUUCUGCCAGACGCAAGGGUUCUGGGAGAAUGGCCCAGCGCGCAUCCAAGGGCUGAGCCUGUGAUGAGGGACCAGACAGGCUGGGCAAUCAGAGCUAAUGGUUUAUUGGGAUCCAGAUAUGUUAGGAUAAAAUGGUGGCAUGUCCCCAGAACAUAGAACAACAGAGUUGGAAUGUAGGGGAACCUGAGAAGAGAGAACGGAGGGACCCUUAGAACAGGACGUCAGGGCUCGAGGUGGGCAGGUGGGACUUAGACCAGAAAGAAGCUCAGGUGUCUGUGUGGAAAAACCUUAAGGAUUCCCAACCCUCCUGUAUCAUGGACCCCUUUGGCAGGCAAUGAAGCCCAUGGGCCUCUUCUCAGAAUAAUAGUGGUUACUGACAUUCA